CCGUCACUUGGUCCCAUGGAAUCAGUCACCUUUUCGGUGUUGAUACAAAACAGCAGGCAGCACGAGACAAGGAAAGACUUACAACCUUCUCAAACCCUUCUAGAACAAUCAGAAUCUAUCUAUCUAUAGUCCCUAAACACCACUGGCCGACUCUCUAAUUUGACACAGAAUACCGCCGGAACCAACACACAUAAACAACUCAAUACAACAGCAACAAUAACACACAACAGCAUCCAGGAUGACUUCACAAAACACAGUCUUUCAGCUAAGCGGCACAUGUAACAACUACGGCUGGGGUCGCAAGGGCCAUGACUCCCUUGCCGCCCGCCUGUGCGAGAACUCGCCCGGCGACUUCAAGAUCGACGACAACGAGGCCUACUCGGAGAUGUGGUUCGGCGACUACCCCGACUUCCCCGCCCGCGUGCUCGAGACGGGCGAGCUGCUCAAGGACGUCCUCGACCGCAACAAGGAGACGCUGCUCGGGCCCAAGGUCGUCCGGGACCUCGACGCCCAGCUCCCCUACCUGCCCAAGAUCCUCUCCAUCGCAAAGGCCCUGCCGCUCCAGAUCCACCCCAACAAGGCCCUCGCGAGCCGGUUGCACGAGCAGGACCCGGACGCCUUCACCGACUCGAACCACAAGCCUGAAAUCGCCGUCGCCCUCGGCCGCUUUGAGGUCUUCGCCGGCUUCAAGCCCCUCGACCACAUCUCCCCCGUCUUCAACAUUCCCGCGCUGCGCGACUUCAUCCCGGACGGCACCUCGACCUGGACCGACGAGACGCUGCGCGAGGUGACGCGCCGCAUCUUGCUAGCCGACGAGGCCGCCGUCGAGAAGGCCGCCCGAGCGCUCGCCGAGACGCCGCGCGGGGACCUCGGCGACAACGCCUACGUCGCCGACCUGCUGCCCCGCCUGCAGGAGCAGUACGGCGCCGGCGACCCGGGAACCCUCGUUGCGCUGCUGUGCAUGAACUUCCUGACGCUCGAGGCCGGCGACGCCCUCUACAUCCCCGCCGACGGCAUCCACGCCUACCUGUCGGGCGACAUCGUCGAGUGCAUGGCGCGCUCCAACAACGUCCUCAACACGGGCUUCUGCCCGCCCGGCGACCGCGACAACGUCGACCUCUUCAGCAAAACGCUGACGUUCAAGGCGCACAGCAGGGAGGACGUGCUGCUGCCCGCCGAGGCGAGCCCGCGCGGCGCCCGGGGCCGCACGGUGGUGUACCCGCCGCCGCUGCGCGAGUUCGACAUGCUCAAGACGGACCUGGACGCGGAGAACGGGACCGAGGUCAUCAAGGCGGGCGAGGGACCCGCGGUGGCCAUCGUCACGGACGGCGAGGGCGUCUUGGAGGCCGACGGAAAGAGGUUUGACGUCAAGGCCGGGUACAUCUUCUUCAUCGCCCACGGCGUCGAGGCCAAGUGGGAGACCAAGGGCACCAUGCAAAUCUUCACGACGGUUGUUUGAAGGGGUUCCUGAUAGAGGUGGAUAGAUGGGAAAGGAGAAAAAGAACUGUAGACUAGCUGUUAGAAGUACGAUGUAAU